AUGGCUUCCAAUGUCCAAUAUGAAAUCCUCUCUCUGGUGGAAGGUGAGAAGAACAACAAAGUCGUAUCUAUUCUGGAGAACAAAUACAAAAGUCCAGCGAAACGAGUGACAUUGAACGAGCGGUUCGGAGUUCUUGAAAAGGGAUAUAUGCUUCACGCUACAGAGCCAACCGAAACAAAGAACGCAGCCGAUGUUUACCUGUUUGUGCACGAGAAAAAUUUGAUUUCCAAAAAGGAAUUCAUUCAAAACUAUCUCGCCAAAAACCCGAUCGUUGAUCUGUCUGAAGAAAAUGUUGAGGAAGACAAGGAGAACGUUUCAUCUCGAAAAAGCACUACCCCGGCAGUGUCAAAGAAAGAAACUACCAGCGAGGACUAUGUUCGAGACAUUGCUAAAUCCAUCCUGAAAGCUAUCUAA